CUCACGGUCAUUUCUACUGUUCGAGAUCGGACACUGGUGGAACAUGAGCUGCUGGCAAGAGGCAGAGACCACGAGGAGUGGAGAGAGAAAUAUCUCCGUGGAGAGCUGGAAAAAUUCGGGACUGAAACAUUGUUCCAGAGCAGUAACUCCAAAUCUGGGAGCUCGGCAGCAGUGGCUGGAGCCCCGGGGAUCGGGAAAACAACGAUGGUACAAAAGAUUGUUUACGACUGGGCCACAGGGAAAAUAUACCAACAAUUCCAGUUUGUGUUCAGUUUCAAAUUCCGGGAUUUAAACUCCAUUAACCGUCAAACAAGCCUGAUGGAACUGAUUCUGGAUCAGUAUCCUUACUUUGGGAAUAUCCUGAGAGAGGUCUGGAAGAACCCAAAGAGAUUGCUGUUUAUAUUUGAUGGUUUGGAUGAAUUCAAGCACAGAAUCGAUUUUGCUGACAGUCAGAGAGACACAGAACGCAAGCACCAGUGCCCAGAUCCCGAGUGCUGGUGUGAAGUGUCUGACAUUGUGUACAGUUUAAUCCAGGGCAAGCUGCUCCCAGGGUGUUCAGUGCUGGUGACCACCCGCCCCACUGCGUUACAUUUAUUGGAAAAGGCUGAGAUCAGUGUCUGGGCUGAAAUCCUGGGAUUUGUUGGUGAGGAACGGAAGCAAUAUUUCAUCAGGCAUUUUGAAGAUCAGACGGUGGCUGCAGCUGUUUUCAAAUACAUGCAGGAGAACGAGAUCCUGUACACCAUGAGCUACAACCCCUCCUACUGCUGGAUCCUCGCUCUGGCAUUGAGCCCCUUCUUCACACAAAAUGUCAGGGACCCGCAGAAAGUACCCAAGACCAUCACCCAACUGUACUCCUACUAUAUUUACAACAUCCUGAAAAACCACGGCCGAGAGAUCGAGAACCCCCGUGAAGUGUUACUCAGGGUUGGUCAGAUGGCCUUCAGAGGAGUGUCCGAGAAGAAGAUUGUGUUUACGGAUGGAGAUUUGAUCAAGUACAAUCUGCAGCCUUCCCAGUUCCUGUCCGGGUUCUUGAUGGAGCUUUUGGAGAGGGAUGAUUCUGGCCGGUGCGUGGUGUACACAUUCCCACACCUCACCAUCCAAGAGUUUAUAGCUGCAGUUGCACAAUUCCUGACUAUACAUCCCGGGGAUAUCCUGAAAUUUCUCACUGAAGCCCACAAGACGACAGAUGGGCGAUUUGAGGUAUUUCUCCGUUUUAUUGCUGGUCUCUCCUCCCCACUGACAGCUCGGGGCCUGGAGGAGCUUCUGGGUCCAUUUCCUCAUCAAACAACCUGCCGGGUGAUUGACUGGGUGAGGGAGGAGGUUAAACGCCAGAGUGGUAACACGAGGAGCGAAGCUGGUAAAAGGAGCCUCCUGAACACAUUACACUACCUGUUUGAGUCUCAAAAUUGUGGGCUGGCUCAGGCCACAAUGGGAUCUGUGGAAACACUUUCAUUCAGUCGAAUGCUACUGACCCCGAUUGACUGCGCGGUCCUGUCUCAUGCCAUCGGAAUCUGUGAUACAAUAAAACAUCUCGACCUUUUGGACUGCCACAUUCAGUGUGAAGGAAUCCAGCGGCUGGGGCCCGGGCUGCACAAGUGCCAGGAGUUGAGACUUGGGUGGAAUGAACUGGGAGAUUCAGGAGUGGAACUGGUGUCUGCGGCUCUGAUGAACCCGGAGUGUAAAAUACAGAAACUGUGGCUAAACCACGUGGGUAUCACCGAUUCUGGUGCUGAGGAUCUCAUCUCCGCACUCAGUACAAACCGGUCACUGACAGUUCUGAACCUGAGUGGUAAUGACCUGGGAGAUUCAGGAGUGGAACUGGUGUCUGCGGCUCUGAGGAACCCAGAGUGUAAAACACAGAAACUGGGUACUAACCGAUCACUGACGGAACUGGACCUGAGUCGGAAUGAACUGGGAGAUUCUGGAGUGAAACUGGUGUCUGCGGCUCUGGGAAAUGCAGAGUGUAAGAUACAGAAACUGGACCUGGACGAUGUUGGUCUCGGAGACGCUGGUGCGGAAUAUCUCGCCUCCGCUCUCAAUACAAACAGGUCACUGACGCAGCUGAACCUGAAUGGAAAUAAACUGGGAGAUUCAGGAGUGAAACUGGUGUCUGCAGCUCUGAGGAACCCGGAAUGUAAAAUACAGAAACUGCAGCUGUGGGGUGUUGGUCUCACAGAUUCCGGUGCUGAAGAUCUCGUCUCCACUCUCAGUAUGAACCGGUCACUGACAGGGCUAAACCUCGGAUGGAACUCACUCAAAGACCGAUCUGCUCCCGCUCUCUGCCGCCUCAUAGAGACCCUCCCGAAUCUGGAGCGGAUCGAGCUGCGGUACAAUCAGUUCAGUUGGAAUGGAAAGGAGGAACUGAGGUCUCUGCAGGAACGCAGACCUGGACUGGACGUGAUCCUGUGAACAUCUGCUUGUGGGAUGGGAAGAUUUUACCCUCCCUUUUAAUGGCAGCCCUGUAGAUUUAACUCCCAAUGGUUGUAAUGGACCCUGUCUCCAGACAAGACCUCGGCGAUGACUGAAGUGAUCUGCAGACACGUAGUCCCACAUUCCCUGCGGCGGCACAGCUUUCGCUAGAUGUCCGGGUGCAGGUUUCGCCAGGGGGACCCUUGGGAAUUACACCACGAGGGUUGGGAGUCUGGCCGAUAUAAUACCUCGACAGUGACCCUGGAUCUGCAGCAAUCUCAGACGCUGCCCUGAUGUGUGAUUUUAUAAUCAUCAGUUCCCCGAUGCAGAAUGACGGUGAGAAACGGGAGUGAUUAUUCAACCUGUCACUCGUUGUCACUGUUCAGUUUAUUGUGAGUGACUCUCAGUAAAUCGGCAGCAGCUUAUUUAUUCCCCCAAACCGGUAGGACACAUGUUGUUUAAUACAUAUUUGACAUGAUAAAAUAAAUUAAUCUUCCUGUCUUGAUGUCUGACCUGAGUUGUAUUUGAUGCAUAGUGACCUGAGGUUACUGCUGACCCAUGAACCACAUUCACUGCAACAGUUGUCCUGAGCUCCUCACAGUGGCACAGCACAGUCUCACCUCCAGGCUGAGGGAGGUCAGUCUCACAGUAUCGCGUCCCUCUCCCCGUCUCAGAAACUCCUUUCUGAAGAGGAAGGAUGAGUGUAAGCGGUUUUUAGUUUCUGUACCCCUCUCACUGGAAGUUUUACCACACGUGGUU